AUGGCGUUCAACUUCAACUGGUCGCCAUUGAUGGCGGAUGCGGGCUUUUAUACUCGCGCCCAGGAGCUUCUCACAGCUGCCCUUAAUAAAUCACCUAAACCGCCCAUCAUUGUCGAUGACAUUAUCGUCACGGAGCUCAACCUGGGUUCGAUGCCUCCGGAUUUGGAAAUCCUGGAGAUUGGAGAUUUGGCCGAGGACCGCUUUCGCGGUAUCUUCAAGAUGUCAUAUUCAGGCGAUGCCUUUUUGACUCUCAAAACGCGUGUGCAAGCCAAUCCACUCAACACAUACCUAUUGACCAGGCCAGCAUUCGCCUCUCCAAAGCCUCUUGCCGCAGCCACUCCUCUCACCAUCCCUCUACAAAUAACCUUGUCCGAUUUUAAACUCUCCGGCUUCGUCAUUCUAGUCUUUUCAAAACAAAAAGGAAUCACGGUCGUCUUCCGUAAUGAUCCGCUUGAAUCCCUCAAGGUCUCGUCAACUUUCGACUCAAUACCGUUCGUGCGCGACUUCCUUCAAAAAGAAAUCGAAGCGCAACUCCGCAUCCUGUUCAUGGAUGAAUUGCCCGCGAUCAUUCACCGUCUCUCUCUGCGCCUGUGGGUUCCAGAGUACCGCACUGGGGAGGAGACCAAUGCCGAAACGGCAAAGUCAGACUCCGCGAAUGAAGGUCCUGGUCAGGAUCCUCUGGCUAGCCCACCCCAAGACCCCGUCGACGCCAGGGGUCACGCGCUCAACGAAUCUGAAAUCGCAUCAUUAUCGCUUGAUUCCUCGGUCGAAACGCACCAUUUGUUCUCGCAGAAGAACCUCCUUCGCCUCGCCGCCUUGACCGAUUCGCAGCGCACUCUCUCCCUGUUCACACCUUCCAUCCAGGAGGUUGUUUACCGUGCCUGGACGGCACCGGUCGACCCGACCGAGGCCGCUCCGAGUAUCGCGUCUCUCCGCAGCCCCACGCUAUCUCGCAUACAUUCGCAGGUUGGCAGCGCGACCUCGUCCAUUCACGAGACCGCGAGCAUCGCCUCUUCACAGACUCGUCCCACGUUGUCAUCCACUCACUCAUUCAGUAGCUACGGACUCAAUUUGGGAACAGGUCGCCACUCCAAGGUUCAUGCUCGGAAGCGAAAGAAGCGUGUGGUCGACCUACGUCGACCCAAGACAACAGACGACGCCAUGAGCGUUAGCGACGACGGUACCAUGACUGAAUCCACCGGUCCACCAUCAAUCUACUCGGCGCCUCUGCCCAUGGUGAAUGAGCAGUCGGAUGAUCCCGUUACUCCCCCUCUAUCACCGGAGACCGACUCUCAUCUGCCUAUGAUCCCCGAGCGACACCGAUCAAGCAUUUCACGACCAGCUCCACGUCGCAGCACUGUGACUGCCCGAAAGGAAGACCCUUCUUAUUCUGUGGAAACCAUUCGUCCUCUCAAGGCCAAGGAUGCAGAGGCCACUCCUCGUGGGGUUGGGGAUGUCGUGGGUCAAUUCACUGAAAAGGCCCAUGCGGGGCCCUCGUCGGCUGCAGCCCGGCCACCGUUGCCCUCUGCCAUGCUCUCCUUGAAUCAGGAAGAGAAGCCAGCUGGAGCCUCUGUGGACCAAUUUCUGGUUGAACGUCUCGCUGGCGAGAUCGCCCGCCGGAUGCGCGAAGAAAAGCUCAUGACGGGCAAUGCCUGCAGUAACUUCUGGGCCCGUUCCCAGGACGAUUCUCCUCCUCCUGCAUAUGGCCAUUAA